AAGCCAUUCACUGGAAAAUAUUAAAAUUAUACUUGAAUUUUUUUUUUUUUGAAAAUUUAUUUGCAAUAUUUUUCUCCGCUAACCAUCCAUCUUGUUCAACUCGUCAGAAUCAAGGAGUGUCACGAAAAAACAAUAAAACGAAUAUGUGGGAGGAGCUCGCUAGCUAUAAAAAUCAUUUCCUCCAACUUGAGGUGAAGCACAUGAAGAGAGAAACUAUAAACAAUUUCGUUACAAAAGAAUACGAAAAGGUGCAAUCAAAACGUUGUAGUUGUAAGUGUCCAAACGAAAAUAACUGCUCAAGUUCGACCUAUUUUCGUGAUCAUGCCACAUUGGCAUAUGGCUUUCAAUGUAUUGAAAAAUUGACUCACGAUAUAUGUAGUGAUGAUUCGCUGUUGAGAUGGCAAGGUAUAAAUUCAUUAACCGAGGUAAUACUCAAUCCGUGGCAAGCGCAACGUGCCAUCAUGCAAUUCGAUUUGGUGAGAAAGUGUAAAAAUAUGUUCUUUCGCAUACAAUACGGAUACCUCAAGGAAUUCUACAAUGAACACAGACAAUUAAUGAAAAUAUUUUACUUAGUUUCGAGCUAUCUAAAUGGUGCCCAUGCCAUUGUUGGGCGUUUACAUUUGGUUGAAGAAUUCUACUCUAUUAUUUAUAAUGAUGGGAGUACACGUUAUCUGGCUUGCAAGAUUCUACGCAACUUGACGGAAAAAACGGAGAUAUUGCUUUUUCUCCUUAAUGAAACGUCAUCAUUUCAAAAUCUCUCAACCAUUUUCAAUGCUGACCCAUGUACGCCCUUCUACCCCAAUGCAUUGUGGGAGCACCUUUGUCAUUUUUUAGAGAUCGCGCCGAAAUUGGCUAUAAAAUCGGGUUUCUUUGAAUUAUUAUAUGAACGCAUAAAGAAUAAAACGCUCUUCUAUCAUGAGCUCUGCAUGAAGUGCUUUGCCAUGCUCUUACGUUGUGAGGAGGGUCAGCAGUGCUUCGAUAAGAUUGAUGGCGUGAAAUUGUUGUAUGACAUAAUCGCAGAUGAGCGAAUAAAGUUGGAUAACUAUGAAUAUGUGAUGUUGGCUUUGCAGCACGGUCUAGUGAGCAAUCUUUCUCUGUGGCGUUGUCGUGAGUUUACCGAUCUGCCGAACCGUAUUAUCGACUUAGCCAAGUUGGAUAAUAGAAAUUUGCAAUUGGAAUGCUUCAAGUGUCUUCGUCUCCUAUCCGCCAUGCCAUGCGUAAAGGCUUACAUACUGCAUGGCUGUAUGUCCGAUUUGAUGUCGAUCGAGUGUUUGAAUGAACAGAAUGAGUGCACUCGUGAUUUGUUAACUGAAUGGCUUAAUCGUGACAUUUGUGAUUCGAGUGAAAUGUAAUUUUUUUAAAUUUAG